GCAAGAGCCCUUGCACAACCCGCAGACCUUGCCGUUCCUCAACAGCCCCAGCAGCAAGAGCCCUUGAACAGCCCGCAGACCCUGUCGUCCAGUCCCUGAUCACAGCUCCAAGAUGUCGCGAGGUCUCGUGCUUCUCAUCGUCGCCGCGGCAGCAGCGUCGGCGCAGGCCGCCCCUUCGGCUUGCUAUUCGGCGUUGGAUGAUGCCAACCGUGCUGUGUCAAACACGGCGGAGUCUGCUUGCUCGUCGCUGUUCACUGCUGAUAUUAUUGCGAAAUAUAAUGCAAACAAGAACUGCUCAUUCUUCGCUGUCCCGUACGACGUGGCUGCAUGCGAUCCAAUUAUUGCCAACAUCAAUAAGUGUGCACUGAAAGCAGUCAAACUUCUGAAGGCAAACAACACGUUCGACGACGCGGCCUUCAAAGCCACCACAUUGAAGAACAAAUGCAGCGCUGACGCGAAGUUCAAAGCCGCGUACCCAACGUGCAAGAACUCCACCAUGAAAUAUUUGAACCUCUUCCGACUAUUCCAAUGUCUCAUGAAUGCUGUAAGCCCCUGGAACAGGUGAUGUCAUGGACGGCUGAUGUCACGGAGAGACAUUGAAAUGAGCCAGAAGAAGACGAACUGAGCAUCAGAAGACUUUUCUUCUUCCGUGACCACUUCAUUUCCGUUUAGAUGGAUUGAUGACCAGAAUAUUGUAAUUUUUGCAAUUUUGAAUUAGGGAUUUUUUCGAUUACGUUUGUGGCUGCUUGUUUUAAUCUUUGGUUUACGGAUUUUUUACAAACAAGUUUCACUCUCUCUUCCCCAUACAAUAAAGAUUCAGGGAAAGAAUGAUAGGAUGCACUUACUAUACCUACAUUAUUGAACAAUUAUUAUUCGUUUAAAUACAUUAUUCACGAGUUAUAGCUGGCACACGCAGUUUCUGGGAUAUAAUCUAAAUCUAUAAUGUAACAAUACAAUAAAUGAUUUGAAUGCAAA